CCUUGACCGCCACAAUUUAUUUUUUGUCGAGUCUCGGUAUGCAUAGACUGCCUCGCGUGGUUAACGUCCGGCCACAGCUUGUCACGUCUUCAAUGUCCAACUCGAGACGCGGACAAAGAAUGUUCAUCUCUUCGUUUCCAAUAAUUUCGGCGCCGAAAAGACGAUAUCCUUACCAUCCAAAACAAUCCAGCCCGCUGUUUAUCCGCCUUCAUGCCGCGCGUUUUCUCUAUGGCCGUUCUCCUCUCUACCUCAGAAAGAUGCGGUACUCCCUCAGGUCACCACUUCGCUUGGUGAAAUCCUCCCUAUGGAUGUGAUUGCACCCCUCCAGCCAGGCGACCUAGUAUCCCUAGGUCUCGCAGGUUACACUCCAGCCGGCCUCUACCAAGCUUUCCUAGAGGUCUUCAACUACACCACUGGCUGGUCCUGGUUCUGGACCAUCGUAUUCGGUGCCGCCCUCUCACGAGCGCUCGUCGCCCCCUGGUUCGUAGACGCGAGCGCAUACAAGCGGCUCUCAGGCGUGGGACAAGAGUUUGGGCGCAUCGAAAGCAUCAAGGACCCCACACGGUCGGUGAGGGAGUUCCAGAGGUUCGAGGAAAGAUACGCGAUCAGCUUGACGAGGAAUUCUGUCGGUAUGGCUCUGAGGGCGUUCAUGUGGACGAGCGCGACGUGGGGGGUGAAUGCUAUGUGUGUGCUUCCGGUGGUGCAGUUGACGCAGGGAGGGGGACCGUGGUCGAUGGAUUUGACGGCUGCGUCGCCGAUGUGGAUGAAUCUUGCGCUUGUGGGUGCACUUUUCUCCCAGUCGAAGCUCAGCUCUGUCCCGUUCUCGCCUGAAGACGAUGGUACAAUUUCCAUCGCAAACGUGUUACUACCAUUAGGUGCGUACGGUGCUGUGUGGGCUUUGGAGCUUCCAGCUGGAACGGUUCUCUCUGUGCUGACUUUCUCGUUGGUUCACUCGGGACAAAUCAUACUAUCAAGGCCGCCUUUCGGUGAUCUUCCUCAGAUGCCCAAGCCGAGACCAAGAGCCCUCCGGGAUCUACCUCUGAGUAAGCAUCCGAAAAGCAGAUAUUGAUUAUCGAUGCCGAGUGUAAGCUGGUGCAUGCCUUUCAGUGUCACUGCGUGAGCUGGAAAUUCUCGGAGGUAUGGUGGGUCUCCAUCGAAAGCUAGGUCUACCGGUGUCCCAUGAGAGGCCGAGAAGAUGGACAUUACUAGCCGGUGUCAAGAUAUCAGCCAUCAACACAAUCAUGUCCGUAAUCGUCGUCGGAAUCAAACCAGCGAAUAUCACCAUAGGCGGUUUCCACCUUUUCCAGCCAGCGAUCGAUGCAAUAAUAGAUGUCCCUUUAGGUAUCGCGUAUGAAGUUGUACAGGAACGCGCGUAUUCGUAAGAGUCUUCGCAUUGCACCCCUGCCUGGAGUUUGCAGAUACUGUAUAAAGCAAGUAUCUAUCUGUACACUGGCAGUAAGUACAAAUAUGCAUGUCCGGCGAG